UUGCAGGUACUUAAUUUAGGGUUUUAAGAAAAAAGGAAACUUAAAAGAAAAGGAAAUAACUAGAUAAAUAAGGAAGUCGAAAAAAGGAAAAAGAGAAACCAAUUUCAAUCCAAAAAGGACUAAUGUUUUGGUUAUAUAUAGACAGUAGACACCUCUCAGUUUUACAAACAAAUCACAACUCUUCCUGAAACUAAAACUAACCAUGGCUGAUCAUAACACUCCUCCCUAUGACCUAACGAAACUCGACCAUUACAUCAAAUACCAACCACCAGAAGAAGCUGAAGAUUUUUUUGUCCAUGUCGAGGUCAAGGUUCUCGGAAAAGGAUCUUCUCCAUUAGAGAUCUUCUUAUCAACCUCGGUCCAUGAUUUCAUCUGGGAAGACGAAGAUUGUUAUGAGAAAGCAGAACUCUACGAAUUCUUUGUCGAGGAUGCUGGAAUAGAUUCAUACGAGGCUCAGUUCUUGGUCAAUGACUUGAUUUUGUACGUUAAUAAGGUGACACGACCGCUUGACGAGGACUUCACAGGAGUUUUCAAGUUGAUGGCCGAAGUUACGGUAAAACCGGUCGACCUUAACCAUGCCGGUUCAGAUCAAACCGAAUCCCAUUAACCAAUUGCUACGACGGACGGCUAGAUUGAAAACCAAAAUAAAAAGCAGGAGAGGUUUGUUGCUAUUUGAUUAUAAGAGAUUUCUUUAUAAAGUUGGAAGAAAAUCGAAGACUUUUAGUUUUAUGUUAACCCUAA